CGGUGAGACGAAGUAGCAAACCGUCAACUUUUCACCGUAGGUAUAUAUAUAGCUUUCUCUUCCGGUAGGCAGCUAAAAGAGACUUCGUUAUCAGAAGUUUUAGUCGAACAUUCACUUUUUACCUGAUUUUACACGAUGGCUAUUGGUGAUUUUAAGACUGAUGAGGGUGUCAAAGAUUUAAAUUCUUACUUAGCGGAUCGUAGUUAUAUCGAAGGGUGGCAACCUUCUCAAGCUGAUGUAGCCGUCUUGGAAGCUUUAGAAAAGGCUCCAACAUCCUCAAAUCCUCAUGUUUUACGAUGGUAUAAUCACAUUAAAUCAUAUGAUUUAAAGAAACUUCCUGGGGAAAAGAAAGCACCUAUCUUAAGUAGCAGUAAUUCUACUAACGCAGCAGCAACAAAAAAUGAAGAUGAUGAUGAUAAAGAUGUUGACCUCUUUGGAUCAGAUGAAGAGGAAGAUGCAGAGGCUGCCAAAAUUAGAGAAGAAAGAUUAAAAGCAUAUGCAGAGAAAAAGUCUAAAAAACCAGCACUUAUUGCCAAGUCUAGCCUUGUAUUAGAUGUUAAACCAUGGGGAGAUGAAACUGAUAUGAAAGCCAUGGAAGAAGCUGUGAGAUCUAUUCAAAUGGAUGGAUUAGUAUGGGGGGCAUCUAAAUUGGUAGCUGUGGGUUAUGGUAUCAAUAAGUUCAGGAUAAUGUGUGUCAUAGAAGAUGAUAAAGUAUCCGUGGACUUGCUGGUGGAAACAAUUGAAAAUUUUCAAGAUUUGGUUCAGUCUGUGGAUAUUGAGUCAUUUAAUAAAAUAUAAAUUGACUGUU